CCGGUUUCCACUUAUUUUUAGCUUCAGCUCAACGACAAGAUACUUACUACCUGUCAAAUAGUCGGGCAAAGGUAAUCGAAGAUCAUGCCGAAACUCUGGACUCUCCACAUUAUUUUAUUGCUAAGUUUAUUUUUUAGUGGUUUCUCCAGAGCAGAAACUCUGAAAGAAAAGGUAUCAAAACUGGUAACAUACAGCAUAGUUAUACCAGAAAUUGUGACUGAGAGGGUGAGAAGGGACACAGGUGAUUCUUCAGAUUUCUUCAAGAUACCUGAUGAGGACAAGCUGUCGUAUUCUCUUCCAAUUGAAGAUGUUACUCAUCUCAUUCACUUGGACAAGAAUAAAGGCUUUUUAUCAGAAGAUUACACAAGGUAUACAUAUGAUAAAAAUGGAAACUUACAAACUUCCAACCCAGAAUUACAGAGGCACUGCCACUAUCGUGGUUUUGUGGAAGGUGUAAAAGACUCUCUUGUCAUACUAAGCACAUGUGCUGGCCUCAGUGGCUUGAUUUUCAUUGAUAAUAAAACUUAUGUGAUUGAACCCAUAACCGAGUCUUCAAUAAAUGAGCACCUUUUGUAUGAGAUGCAGCAAAUGAGGCACAAACACUGUGGGACCACCAACAUUAAUCCUGAAGUAAAACAUAAGGAUGAACCCUCAGUGCAUGGUACCACAAAUUACAAAGAUUCAUUGGAUUUCAUUACUGAACAUCUCAGGAAAAAACGUGAAGUCUUAGCACAGACAUAUUAUGUGGAGUUUGUAUUUGUGGUUGACAAUACAAGGUAUAAGUUUAUGAAUUCCAAUGCGACAGCCGUAGAGAAUCAAAUGACAAGCAUGGCCAAUAUCCUUGACGUGUUGUAUCAACAGCUUAAUAUUCGCGUUGUCCUGGUGGGCUUGGAAAUAUGGCAGGAACAAAAUUAUAUCAAUGUCACAAACACAGCAGGCAAUGUACUGGGAUCUUUUGUCAAGUGGAGAGAGAAUGACCUACUACCCAGGAAAAGAAAUGAUGCUGCACAUUUGAUCAUAGGACAGUCAUAUGGAGGGAUUUUAGGAAUGGCCUUUGUUAGUUCAAUUUGUUCCCCAAGUACCUCUGGAGGGAUCAGUUCUUUCACUGAUAAUGAUGUUGCCUUUGUUGCUUCUGUGGUUGCCCAUGAACUUGGACACAAUCUAGGGAUGCUGCAUGAUAAUACCAAUACCUCAUCCUGUUAUGGCAACUUUAUUAUGACUCCUUAUGCAACUAAUUCAAAGGUAUUUAGUAACUGCAGUGAAGAUUUUUUCCAGACCCUUAUAAUGAAUGGGGGUGGACAAUGCCUCAAGAAUAUCCCCCCGCCAUCAGAGGUAUACACUGCUCCUUCCUGUGGAAACAAUAUAUUGGAAUCCGGAGAGGAAUGUGACUGUGGUACACCUCAGGAGUGCCAAAAUGUGUGCUGCAAUGCAAAAACUUGCAAAUUCAUGCCUGGAGCAUAUUGUGCAGCAGGGGCUUGUUGUCAGAACUGUCAGAUUUCAGUGGCUGGGACACCCUGCCGACCUGCAGUAGAUGUUUGUGAUUUCCCAGAAUUCUGCAAUGGAAGUAGUGCAUUUUGUCCAUUUGAUACCUAUGUAAUGAAUGGAUAUCCAUGUGCAAAUAACACAACUUAUUGCUAUAAUGGUAUUUGCCAGACCUUUGAUUAUCAGUGCCAACAACUUUUCACAAGUGCAGCAAAAAAAGCUCCAGAUACAUGUUACCAGAUUAUCAAUACAGGAGGGACCAAUUUUGGAAACUGUGGACCUGGGAACGUUAAAUGUGCACCUCAAGAUGUUCUUUGUGGAAAAAUUCAGUGUAUCAAUGUUGAUGCCAACAAUCCUCCACCUGGAGCCUUCAUUACUACAUUUAACCAAAAUAAUGUGGUGUGUGUCAAUGUCUUUUUUGACCUUGGUUCAGAUGUUCCAGAUCCAGGGUAUGUGCAUACUGGAACUGGCUGUGGAACUGGGAAGGCCUGUGUAAACUAUAAAUGUACAAACGCCUCUGCUCUUGGAUUCAGCUGUGACAUAAAGAACAAUUGUAGUGGGAAUGGAGUGUGUGACAACUUAGGCAACUGUUACUGCAAUUAUGGCUGGGCUCCACCACACUGUAACACAUGGGGUUAUGGUGGGAGUAUUGACAGUGGUCCUACCCAUAUUGACACUUCAGUACGAGAUGGAUUGCUAAUCUUCUUCCUUCUUGUGGUUCCUGUUUUGAGUCUAAUUGCUAUCCUAGUCUUCAAGAGGAAUGCAAUAAAAGACAAAUGUUGCCAGAAAAAAAGUUCUAAUCGAUACAGGGCAAAAACCCCAGAAGCAAACCGUGGGCCACAGACAAGACCACCACCAAAUAAGCCAAGCCAGAAUACGGUUAUCCAAACCUCCCAAUCAGCUGCUUUUGAUCCUUCAGAAGAACAUACUGCUUAUGCUCCACGAUACCCACCUUGGCCAGCUGCACCCCCGAGACCUUCAGGAUUUAACUCUCAUUAUGAAGCGAACAUCCCAACUUGACAACUUGAUAGAAAGACUGCUGUGUUUAUAUUACUCAGGGGUGAACUCAGAGAAGAGUACAUGCAGUUACUUCUUGAGAAAUUGAAAAGACAAAUUCUACAGUUUGCAAUGCAAUAUGUCUUUUCUAUUUAAUGUUUGGGAGGUGAUGGUGUUUUAUAGCACAUGAGAUUUUAGAUAUUUUCAUAGUAUAUAAAGUGCAUCUUAAAUACACAAUUCUAGGUUUUAUCUUUAAACAGAUUUUGGAGGGUGAAUUUUGGAUUUUCCUUAAAACACUUUAAAACUGGACUUGAUUUCAUUAUGCAGCAAUAGUACAGCAUACACUGGAGUGUUAAAUACAUGCAUAUAAACAUUCUCAAACUUGCUUAUUAUAAUGAAAAAUGUCAAUAAGAAACAAUGACAAUCACAUAUUUAUGCUGCCUUUUGUACUGUGCAAUAUAAAUUUACAUAAUUUUUAAAACUGCUCAGGAAAUAAUACAUAUACUGCAUUACAUUAAUGCAAUACCAGAUUUUUAACAGACUACACUGUACUGAAUGCAAUGGAACUGAAUGAUUUGUCAUUUUCUGUUGAGUAUAUAUUUUUUAAAUUGUAAUUAAAACUUCACUGUGUAUAACUGAGUGAACUGUUUUAAUUUGU